GGAACCAACGCCGCUUUGAGCCGCAUCUCGAGCUUCCAACAACCAGGCAGCCCGAAGAAGCGAUCAUCAGAGCUUCACAAUUCAAGGCAGCGCAGCAUGGAGGGGUUACUAUUUAAUGUGAACAAUGGCUACAUCGAGGGCAUCGUCCGCGGCUAUCGCAACGGACUGCUCACUGGCGGCCACUACACCAACAUGACACAAUGCGAGAACAUCGAUGAUCUCAAGUUGCAAUUAGGCCCAGCCUAUGGCGACUUUCUCGCUUCCCUCCCACCCAACCCCUCCACAUCCAGCCUCGCAGCCAAGGCAACAGACAAGCUCGUCUCCGAGUUCCGCUACGUACGGGCGAACGCCGUGGGCUCGCUCGCCAAGUUCAUGGACUACGUAACAUACGGCUACAUGAUCGACAACGUGGCGCUGCUCAUCACCGGCACGCUCCACGAGCGCGACACGCGCGAGCUACUGGACCGGUGCCACCCGCUGGGUUGGUUCGAGACGAUGCCGGUGCUCUGCGUGGCGACAAACAUCGAGGAGCUGUACAACAGCGUGCUGAUCGAGACGCCGCUCGCCCCAUACUUCAAGGGCAGCCUGAGCCACCAGGACCUGGACGAGCUCAACAUCGAGAUCGUGCGCAACACGCUCUACAAGAACUACCUCGAGGACUUCUACCACUUUGUCAACUCCCACCCGGACAUGGCCGGCACCCCGACCGCGGAGGUCAUGUCGGAGCUGCUCGAGUUCGAGGCCGACCGGCGCGCCAUCAACAUCACGCUCAACUCGUUCGGCACCGAGCUGUCCAAGGCCGACCGCAAGAAGCUGUACCCCAGCUUUGGGAGGUUGUAUCCCGAGGGCACGCUAAUGCUGUCCCGGGCGGACGAUUUUGAGGGCGUGCGUUUGGCUGUGGACGGGGUGGCUGACUACAAGGCCUUCUUCGACGCGGCGGGGCUGGGCGGCGGUCCUGGCGGGCCCGGGAAUAUGGCCGGCGGCACGGGGUCGGACGGCAGGAGUCUGGAGGACAUGUUCUACCAGAAGGAGAUGGAGAUCGCCAAGGGCGCCUUUACACGGCAGUUUACCUACGCCAUCGUCUAUGCGUGGGUCAAAUUGAGGGAGCAGGAAAUCCGCAACAUCACCUGGAUUGCCGAGUGCAUAGCGCAGAACCAAAAGGAGCGCAUCGGCAAUUACAUCAGUGUCUUCUAAUGGAAGCUGUGCUUGGUAUAUGGUGUUGAAGUGUUUAUUUGUCGGGGAACUCUGAGCAUGUGUUUUUGUUUUGGCGUAUGGCGAAGGACUGCGGGAAU